AUGAGAAGUCUCAGUACGGCUCUUGGUAUCAUGUUCUUUUUACUUCGCUCGGCUUCUGGAGAAAGUGGCUCUUCGCCGGAUGAUGGCUUUGAAGAUGAGGAACUGGAGAACUAUGAUUUCACUUGUUUCAGUCAGUUGCAGGUCGAUGGCUCAAAUCACACCUUAACGUGCUUUUUUGAAGACUCAACUCUCGAUCAAGCUAAUCUGAAGAUUGAAUUAUGUGGUAAAUUUCUGAAUGAAAACUCCUGCCAGCCCUUGGAGAAGCUAGGAGGAGUCUAUUUUUUAAAAACAAAUGCAAUUUCCUUAAUUGGAUCUUGUACACUGUGUGCGAUCCUGGAGAAAAAAAAGAAAAACUGCAAGGAGAUGACCAUAACCAAAAUAGUUAAGCCUGAAGCCCCUUUUGGCAUAAAUGUGACCCAUCGUAAAAGGGCGAAUGACUUUCUAAUGACCUUCAACACAACGCAUACGUGGAAGGAUUACGCCAAAGAUUUAGUGCAUGAUGUAGCCUAUCGGCAAAAGAAAAGUGACUGGAUGCACAUCAAUUCAACCCUGACCCAAAUAACAUUCCUGGAGCGAAAGCUACAGCCGGGUGCAUCAUACGAAGUCAAGGUACGCUCGAUCCCGGACGGAAAAUACUUUGAAGGCACGUGGAGCGAGUGGAGCGCAAGUGCAUUCUUCGAGACCCCAGCAAAGCCCGCAGAAGGAAUAGAUCCGGUUUUGCUGUCCAUCAUUCUUCUGACUUUCUCUUUUGUGGCCGUGUUGGUCAUUCUGAUCUGUGUAUUUUGGGAAAACAGGAUUAAGCCCGUGUUAUGGCCCAAUCUCCCUGACCACAAGACAACUUUGGAGCACCUGUGUAAGAGACCAAAAAUGGGUUUAAACAUAAGCUUUAAUCCCGAAAGUCUCAAAGUGGACCAGAUUCAUAAGGUGGAUGAUAUUCAGGCCAAAGAGGAAGCGCAGAAUUUCCUGCAGGCACCUCCACCACCUGGCGAAGUCGACGACCUAUCCGAAAAACUCCUGCUGAGGGGAGGCUUGCAGGGCCCCGACUGGCCAUCUGAGAACAACCAGAUCCCCCCCGUGACGUUCGGAGGAAACUCACCCGCCGGCAGCCUGAACCGGAACUUCAAGAAGUGUGAGCUCUCUCUGAGCCCCAUCCUGAGAUUCCCUGGCCAGCUGGAAGGCAGCAAAAAAGAAGGCCACCUGUAUAGUGGCCUGCUGAUCCAGGCCGGCCCCGCCGGGAGCAAUUUGGGCUUUCCUUUCCCCCUCAAAUCGGGCCUCCUCAAGUCCACUGCUGCUCCCCAGGGGCAGCCCGGCAGUGCCGCUCCAGUGUUAAGCCAUGAAUACGUCACCAUGUCAAGCUUCUAUCAGAAUCAGUAAGCCUCCAGGCCCCCAGGACACAG